AUUGAACAGCCAUUACUGCUCAGCUUCAUCCCUCUUUUCUCUGUACCCUCAACAGCUCCAAGAUUUUAUUUUGAUCUCUGUGCAAGGCUGAAAUGGCAACCGAACAAGCUAAGCCAGCUACUGACGAAGUAAAGAUGGAUCUGUUUGAAGAUGGUGAUGAAUUUGAGGAGUUUGAAAUCGGUCAAGGAUGCACGAAAAGAAUUUUAUAUUAUAAUCAUGAGAACGCUACUGAAAGUGGGGGGGACAAAGAGGAAGGUAAAGAAGUAGAUCAGCAAUGGGAAGAUGACUGGGAUGAUGAUGAUGUCACUGAUGAUUUCUCCUUGCAGCUGAGGAGGGAAUUGGACAGCAAUGCCGAGAAGAAAGAGGGCAAAACUUGAGUUGUCUGUUGUAUGUUUUGGAUAUAUAACUCUGAUUUCAAACUCUAGUAUAAUGACUUGCCGUCUUCUUGCUUCUGAAUAUCCCUAAUUGGGCAAAAUCACCUUCAUCUUUAUAGUUUGAACGAUGAAAAU